AUGUUGUACCCCUCAGAUCUUCAAAAGGACCAGGAAAAGGCCAUCCGCGGCGAUGCAGUGCCAAGGCUGCUUGAAGACCGUAAUAGUCGCGCAGCACUUAUCCGUGGCAUUCGCCUGCACUACCACUUCGCCAUGAGUGAACCUGUCAGGCGUCUCAGUUCCUCAAUGCAUCAGAUCGCUCGAGCCCGCAACGCUCGCCGCAUCAUGAGCAACGAGAUACCAGAAGGAAUGACGGAUAAGGAGCAGCCAUAUUGCAUAUGGUAUCCCGACAUCGCCACCGAGGACACCUACCGCUCACUCGCCUCCAAAUACCCCGACAUGCGCUAUCAGGUCGGCCGUGCCUGUGCUGCAGCAGGUUACCACGUCCUUUUCCAGGAGCUUGACCUCCUGCCUGAAGUAUCCAUCGCUGAAGAGGCGCGAGAAAGCGAGACCGAUGGUGGGAAACUCAUCUAUGACGAGAUCAUGGGUUUCAAAUCUCGCUAUUCCAUUAUGGACGACUGCAAACGCACUAUUGAAUUAUGGAAUUAUGAAUGCCCGGCAUAUCUGAACGGCAAUACCGAAGUACGAUGGCGCUUGGCAGCUCGGCAAGGUGUCACAGGCAGCUGGCUCCCCGAUCUCCUUCCUUGCAUCGAAGAGGACAUGCAUCUUGAUGUCAAGAACCAGGAGGUAGAUGAACGGCACCGCACACUGACCGAUGACGAGGCGAAGCUGCUCUAUAGUCCUCUCCCUCGAGACCUACCGACGGUGAAAAAGACUUUAUUGACCCAGAUGGCCGCCCACGACGGCAACAUUGAACGCUAUGCCCAGCUAGCCAACUCUGGAAGAACCUUGACGCAACUGGACCAGGACUGUGUCGUCCGUGGUAUCCUACAUCACACUAUGUAUGCUCGCUGGUGGGCGGACCAGAUCAAGAACAACACCAUCUAUGCUACGUCUGCCCAACAUGUGUGGGAAAUGCAGCGAGCGAUAUUGGCACGCCGCAUUAUGCUCAACGACUUGUCUCUAUUUGAACCUGAGGGCAGCUGGCCAUCCGGAACCCGGAUGCCCUAUAUUAUCUGGUGGCCCUUGAAGCCACAUGAUGAGUAUCUGCGCCAUCUCGCCGAGAGCGUCCCUGAGAUGAAGCCACAGGUCGCGGCAGCAGCGAUUGCCUGCGACUAUAAGAGCCUUUAUAAAUGGCUUAACCCAGAACCGAGCUGGCACCUAUGGAUAGUCGCCGCCGAGUUCUCUCCCAACCCAUUCUACCGUGAGGAUCAGGAGAGGCGAGCGAAAGAGCAGGAUGUCCAAGUGGAGCAUGAUAAUACUAUGGCGUUUGAAUACGGUGAAUUAAGGCAGACGAGGGAGACUACGGUAUUUGAAGAGGGUGCAGAAAGAAUUCCAGACAGUGUCGAGAAACGAGAGCCACGAAGCAACAUGUAUGAAACGGUGGAAAUAUUUAGUACGAGCUUCGUUCAGCUCAAGGUUUGGGAAGGCGUUGGAAAGGUGUCGCCCAAAUAG